GUGUGGUUCAUGAAUACAAUGAAUCAAUAACCGUUUGCUGACCUGAAUAUUGACGUCAUGAAAGAGGGCCAGAAGAUCAGCAGGUGAUUGGCCACUGCGACUGCGAUUCAUUUCAACCAUGAAGGUCGCUGUGUUAGGAGCAACGGGCAGAACUGGUGUACCCCUUGUACGCCAGGCUCUAGAGAAAGGGCAUCACGUAGUGGCUAUCGUACGUGAUAGGUCAAAGGUGACGAUUGAACAUGAGUGUUUACAGGUCGUGGAGAGUGACAUUUACUCCAGUGAGUCUCUAGCGGAGCAUUUCAGUGGAGUAGACGCAGUGAUAUCUUGCCUCGGCUCUCCCGGUCUUUGGAAAACCACCCUGUAUUCAGAGUCAAUAAAGUCCAUUGUGUCAGCAAUGAGGAAAGCCAGUGUAACUCGCUUUGUCUGCAUAACAUCGUGGUGCACUGUGU